CCGGUACAUGCCUUCUUCUCUAUCGCCUUACGUUAAAAGCUCAUGGAGUAUUACAAACUCCGGCGAGGAUGUGCUUAAGAGGGAACGAGCAGGCGUAUCCAAACCUGCUCUUGCUGGCACUUGAACGUUCUCACGAUGUCUGCGUCAGAGAAAGCGGUGCAGCUACGUUCGUUGGUCCGCAUGCUCACUGAUGCAUCGGAAGUCAUGAUCAAGGAAUGGGAGGCUCAGGAAGAGUCCCUGGCCGCCAUUUCCGAUGCUUCCCUUCCUUCACCGGAAAUGUACGAAGCGCGCCGUGUCAUCACCGGUGCUUAUGGGAUGGUCACGGAUCUAGUGCAAGAACCAGCUAGCCGCCUCUCCGAGAUCACUUGUUCAUUCUUCACCGCGCGAGCACUGCACAUCGCUGUAGAGGCUCGCGUGGCCGAUGUUAUCGCAGAGGCAAACCCUGCUGAGGGAAUGUCUGCAGUUGCCAUCGGCAAGAGAGUCGGAAUCGAUGCGCAGAAGUUGACACGGGUAAUGCGUACUCUCUGUACUGUCCACAUCUUCACCGAGGUCAAGGAUGGCUAUUUCGCCAACAAUCGCACUAGCCAAUGUCUAGUUGGUGAUCAAUAUCUGCGAUGUUGGCUGCUCUUACACGCCAUGGAAAUGUACACCGCGUCGGACAAACUGAAGUCAUUGUUAUUCGACCCUGCCAAAACGUAUUCCACAUCCAACCGUGUCUCUGCGUGGCAGGAAGCCAUCGAUGAUCACUUCACCGUUUGGGAAUAUCUAGAACAGCAAAUCCAACAACCUGAUGGUAGUAUCAAACCGAACCCGUCACUCGAGAUCUGGGCUCUUGGAAUGGUGGGAGGUGGUCAUGCUUUCGCGAAUGGAAUGUAUGCAGACUACCCUUGGGAAGCUCUUGGCUCGAGUACCAUCGUGGAUGUUGGCGGAGGAGCUGGCGGCACCAGUCUCGAUUUGGCGAAGAAAUUCCCGAACCUUAAGUUCGUCGUCGAGGACCGUGCGUCCACUAUCAAGCAGGCUGAGUCCAUUUGGAUGCGCGAGUACCCAGAGGCGCUGCAAACGGGCCGAGUACGGCUCUUGACUCACAAUUUCUUCGCGGAGCAGCCAAUCAAGCGAGCUGACGUCUACUUCAUGCGAUACAUUCUACAUGAUUGGCCGGACGAUAACUGCGUAACCAUCCUCACCCACAUCCGUAAGGCGAUGGGCCCAAACUCCAUCAUUCUGAUCGCCGAUCAAAUCAUCCAUACGACCGUGGGUUCGCCUCGACUGAAAGCAGCGCCGCCUCCACUUCCGCCGAACUAUGGAUACGCGAGCCAGUUCGGCAACCACCACGACCUGACCAUGAUGGCAUGCCACAAUGGGAUGGAGCGUACUCCUGAGAUGCUUGAUGCUUUGGCGGCGCGGGCAGGGCUGAGGGUGGCGAAGAUAUGGGAAUGCCGCGGUCUCAUCGCGAUUGCGGAAUUGAAGAGGGAUGACGGCGCUUGAUCAGUUUAUAACCAAGUAACAUCUACAGUAACGAGUGUAAUUGCAGCGAUAGCAGUUGCCGGCUUGGAGUGUGAACAUUAAUCGCCGUUGGUUGUC